AAGCUUUAUAAAGAAACGUCAUCCAAUUUUCUCAUAUGUGCAAGUGGUGAAGAAAAUUAGAAUUCUGUUGUUUUAGAAAAGUUGAUGACAAUUUGAUAUACAUUUAGUACAGUAAAAUUAAUAAUAUUAUUAAAACAAAAUGCCUCUCAAGUUAGACAUAAAACGUCGUUUAACAUCGCGCUCAGAUCGUGUUAAAUGUGUUGAUCUUCAUCCGACAGAGCCAUGGAUGUUGUGUGCUCUUUACAAUGGCCACGUACACAUUAUGAAUUAUGAAAACCAACAAUUGGUAAAAGAUAUCGAGGUUUGCGAUGUGCCGGUGCGUUGCGGUCGUUUUGUAGCAAGGAAAAAUUGGCUCAUCACUGGUUCAGAUGAUAUGCAAAUACGUGUUUUUAAUUACAACACCCUUGAAAAGCUCCAUUCGUUUGAGGCUCAUUCGGAUUAUCUACGAUGCAUUGCCGUACACCCUACACAGCCACUAAUACUGACAAGCAGCGAUGAUAUGCUUAUAAAAUUGUGGAAUUGGGAAAAAAUGUGGGCAUGCCAACGUGUAUUUGAGGGACAUACACACUAUGUUAUGCAGAUUGUUUUCAAUCCAAAAGAUAACAACACAUUCGCAUCGGCAUCACUUGAUCGUACAGUUAAAGUUUGGCAACUCGGUUCAACAUUCGCCAACUUCACCCUCGAAGGACACGAAAAAGGAAUCAACUGUAUCGAUUACUAUCAUGGAGGUGAUAAGCCCUACCUAAUUUCCGGUGCAGAUGACAGACUAGUUAAGAUUUGGGAUUAUCAAAAUAAAACGUGUGUUCAAACUUUGGAGGGACAUGCUCAAAAUAUAUCUGCAGUUUGCUUCCAUCCGGAAUUACCUAUUGUAUUAACUGGUUCCGAAGAUGGCACAGUACGAAUCUGGCACUCAGGCACCUACCGUUUGGAAACUUGUCUUAACUAUGGAUUUGAACGUGUCUGGACAAUUGCAUGCAUGCGGGGCAGUAAUAAUGUGGCACUUGGCUAUGAUGAGGGAUCAAUUAUAAUAAAAGUAGGUCGCGAGGAACCAGCAAUGUCAAUGGACGUAAUUGGUUCUAAAAUAAUUUGGGCCAAGCACUCUGAAAUGCAACAAGUCAACUUAAAAGCAAUGGCUGAUGGCACUGAAAUAAAAGAUGGCGAACGCUUGCCGGUGGCAGUUAAGGAUAUGGGCGCAUGUGAAAUAUAUCCACAGACAAUAGCACACAAUCCGAAUGGACGAUUUGUAGUUGUAUGUGGCGAUGGCGAAUACAUAAUAUACACAUCUAUGGCUUUGCGUAAUAAAGCAUUUGGGUCCGCUCAAGAAUUCGUUUGGGCUCUGGAGAGCAAUGAAUAUGCUAUUAGAGAAAAUAAUGGAACUGUUCGCCUUUUCCGUAACUUCAAGGAGAGGAAGAGUUUCACACCAGAAUAUGGCGCAGAGAGUAUAUAUGGAGGCUACUUAUUUGGCGUUAAAACAUCCUCGGGAUUGGCGUUUUAUGACUGGGAAACUUUGCAGUUGGUGCGUCGCAUAGAAGUGCAACCACGUCAUGUUUUCUGGAAUGAAGCUGGCACAUUGGUGUGUCUUGCUACAGAUGAAUCUUAUUUCGUGCUGUCCGUAGAUACAGCAGCCAUAGCGGCUGCAUUAGAAAGCAAGGAAGGACUCGAAGACGACGGUAUCGAAAGUGCCUUCGAUGUUUUAGGGGAAGUCAAUGAAGUUGUAAAAACCGGUAUUUGGGUUGGAGAUUGUUUCAUAUAUACCAAUUCUGUAAAUCGUAUUAAUUACUAUGUCGGUGGAGAAAUCGUCACCAUAUCACACUUGGAUCGCACAAUGUAUUUACUUGGCUACGUACCAAAGGACAAUCGCUUGUAUUUGGGUGAUAAGGAACUAAAUGUUAUCUCAUUUUCACUUUUGCUGUCCGUACUCGAAUACCAAACCGCUGUUAUGCGUAGUGACUUCGAACGGGCUGAUCUGGUAUUGCCCACUGUGCCAAAAGAGCAUCGCACACGAGUCGCACAUUUCUUGGAAAAGCAAGGUUUUAAACCGCAGGCAUUGCAAGUAUCCACAGAUCCGGAUCAUAAAUUCGACUUGGCAUUGCAGAUCGGUGAAUUGGAUGUGGCAUUGAAAUUAGCACGCGAAGCUGAAAAUCCCCAAAAAUGGUCACAAUUAGCUGAUGUUGCUUCGCGUAAAAAUAACAUGCAGCUUGUAAAAGAAUGCAUGCAGAAAGCGAAUGAUUUCAGUGGUCUUUUACUGUUGGCCACAUCAUCAGGUGAUGACAAAAUGUUGGAAGAAGUUGCCGAAAGCAGUUCAAGUCAAGGUCGUCACAAUAUAGCAUUCCUCUCCGCAUUUGUGCGCGCAGACGUACAACGUUGUUUGGACAUUUUAAUUGAGACAAAUCGUUUACCCGAAGCCGCAUUCUUUGCGCGUACGUACAUUCCCAGCCAAAUGUCACGUGUAGUGGAACUUUGGCGCGAAGAGUUGGCUAAGUUCAAUGAGAAAGCUGGUCAAUCUCUCGCUGAUCCAGCGAAAUAUGAAAAUCUCUUCCCUGGCCUUGGCGAGGCGCUACGUACCGAAGAAUUUCUGCAACAAACACAAGCAAAAAAGUUGCCAGCCACUGCUGCCGCCAAAAUACCACUCAAUAUUGAACGCAAUCCUAUCGAGGAAAUGCACGCUGCAGAGCAACGUGGUAUAUUUGAGGGUAACGGCAAACCGGGUGUGCAAUCAUAUAAGAAGAACGAUGACUUUGAAAGCGAAACGUCGAACGCCGCCGCUACAACUUCUGCUGCUGCAUCUGUAUUAAAUAAAUCAUCAGAUGGACUGGGUAACGAUGGUGACGACAUUGACGACGAGUUAGACCUUGAAAUUGAGGGAGUGACAUUGGACGAUAACAUUGAUACGACAGAUGUGAAUUUGGAUGAUGAUUUUCUUAGCGAUGACUAAGUCGUGUGCUAUCCAUACACAUCUUGCAUAAUACAAGAAUUCAUUUAGAAACUUAUUCCCAUAUAUGAACUGUUUAUUGUUUAUUAAGUUUUUUUUUUCAUUGAGAUAGUGUUUCUUCAUUCUAUGUAACAGUACUAAUGUGGUAAUAUGUAUGUCUAAUAUUUUUAUCAAAGCGAAAUUUAGAUAUUGUAUACACACAUACGACCCGUAGCGAUACUACGCAAUUAUAAACAUUGCGCAAAUUUUUAAGCAUUCUGUAUAAAUUUAAUGUAAUAAACAAUAAAGGAAAUACUUAUAGCAGA